AUGUGCAGAUUUCUGGUCUAUAAAGGCUCCAAGCCUAUCAUUCUCUCCAAACUCAUCACUGAACCAUCACACAGCAUUCUGACUCAGAGCUACGACAGCCGUCUUCGUCUUGAUAGCCGUCGUCCUGUCAACGGGGAUGGCUUCGGGGUAGGCUGGUAUACCGAGCCGGAAUUGGGCCCUGACCCGUGUGUCUUCACAUCUACUUUACCGGCCUGGAACUGUGUCAAUCUGGAACGGAUAGCUCCCAAGACGGCGUCACGGCUGAUCUUCGCACAUGUCCGAGCAACUACCGAGGGCUCUCUGGCGGAGAACAACUGCCAUCCAUUCCAGCACAAUACGCUAAUGUGGAUGCAUAACGGAAACGUUGGGGCAUGGAAGUACGUCAAACGGCCACUGGCCACCAGUCUCUCAGACAAGUGGUUCCUGGGCGUGAAAGGUGGAACUGACUCUGAAUGGGCAUUUGCCCUCUUUCUGGAUACCCUCGAGCGAGAAGGAGUUGACCCCAGUUCAGAACCUGAGGGUGGAUUUGACACCAAAACCCUCCGACGGACCAUGAAGAAAACCAUUGCCAAAAUCAAUGCUCUCGUCAAAACGGUUUCUACGGAACAUCAGCUCGAUGACAUCGAGACGAGGAGUCUUCUCAACUUUGCAGUCACAGAUGGUCACUCCGUUAUUGUGACCAGAUAUGUUAGCAGCAAGACGGACGCGGCUGCGAGCUUGUACUACUCAUCAGGCACGGCAUGGGUAGAAGGGAAAACCAAGGGACAGUUUCGGAUGGAACGAAGAGACAAAGCAUCCGAUGUGGUUUUGGUAGCCAGCGAGCCGUUGACGUUUGAACGUCAUAACUGGCUGUCGGUUCCAACAAACACGAUCGUCACAAUCUGCAACCAAACAGUUUAUGUUCGUCCAAUCAAGGAUGAAUUCUACGUCGAAGAUCCGUCCACCGAAAGGUCAACUGGCUUUGCUAGAUCGAAGGGCUUAGUGUCAAAAGCCCCAGGCGGCGGCACGGAGACUCCCACUAUGCUGGCUGGUACGCCGCUUCUACCACGAAAUGAAAUUGAAACAGCCGCUGGCGGCUACGUUGUCAAAGAUAAGCUGGACGAUUUUCAAUCAAGGAUUGCGGCUCUACACUUGCGGGACGGGGCCGACCUGAAUGGAUCAAGAGAGCAGCUGAUGGCCUGA